GAGUCAACCCGGAAUCAGCUUCUCUCGUUGUGACAAGGUUAACAUCGGAACAAGGACGGAAAAAAAGUUCACAAAUUCACAGGAAAAAACGUCAGCAGUUAUAUGCGAACUGCUAAUGACAGCUACUCGCACAAAAGUGACCCGUUUCGCGACGUGUGUGUUCAAGUGAAUUUAUUUUGCGUUGAACCUAUCAAUACUGGGGUCAUGCAGCGGACGGUGAAACCGUACGGAUUAUAAGUUUGUUAUUCUGGUUAUUUAACCGGCGAAUUACGUCAACUGUCGGUACAGUACGGAUUGAAUGACACUGCUAUUCUCUUAAGGGGAAUAUGUGAGGCAUGUUACAGUGCGAUCUCUUUUAUAAACAGCGGCUUCGUCGAAUCCAGCAGAAAUGAACGACGAGGAUGAUUUAUACGACAGCAAACUACUACCGCCCGACACAGAUCCAAGUACUUCGAGAUCGGAAAUCAUCGAGUGUGAGCCGACAAAUUCCGAGUUUCCUUCAGCCAAAGAUGCCGAGGUUACAGAGAAAGAUGUCGGCUGGGCCUGGGUUGUAUGUGGUGCCGCAUUCUGCGAUUUGUUUGUUGUUCUAGGAAUGCACUAUACCGUGGGAGUCCUAUACGCGGCCUUGCUAGACCACUUCAAAGAAUCGAAAGCAAACACAGCAUGGGUGGGUUCCAUCGCGCAAUUUUGUCUCUUCUUCUUCUGCUAUCCCGGCAGCCUCUUGAGCGAGCGGUUUGGCUGUAGACGUGUUGUAAUCGUUGGAGGUCUGAUAACCAGCCUAGGUCUUUUACUGUCGUCCUUCGCGAACAGUUUAACGCAAAUUUAUCUCACGCACGGUGUCAUCGUUGGAUUUGGCACAAGUAUCAGCUAUCUGCCAGCGCUUGUUAUGGUGGCCUUCUAUUUCGACAAGAAGCGAUCUUUUGCUACUGGAGUAGCGACAUCUGGUAGUAACUUAGGAGCUCUCGGACUCGCGCCGCUGCAGCAGGUCGUCGUGGACUCGUUUGGUUGGAGAAACUGCUAUCGGUUUUUGAGCGGGCUCGCUCUUUUAAUAUCUAUUUGUGGGAUGUUGUUUAAGCCCUUGGAGGAGAAAAAGACUGGUAAACACAAAUUCGCCAAGAAUUCCGAGAUAAUCGAGGCAAAGUCUUUGAAGAAAAGGGGUUUAAGUUUCCCAAGAAAUAAUUGGUUCAUUAUCUGGGCUGUAGCUUCGACUAUCGCAACGUUUGGCUAUUUUAUUCCACAUGUUCAUUUGGUACGUUACGCUGAAGAGAUGGGCUCCUCGCAUCGCGACGGCUCGCUCUUGCUUUCUUACAUAGGGAUUGGCUCCGGUGUAGGAAAGAUUAUUUUCGGAAAAAUCUCAGAUCUUCCUUUUGUAGAUACUUUGCGAUUGUACAAUUUCUGUAUGGUUCUUUCCGGGCUCUCGCCUCUGCUUGCUAUCUUUGCGGCAGGAUAUCAUAUGCUUGUAGUGUAUGUGGUUGUCCUUGGUCUGUUGGAUGGCUGUAUUAUCGGGCUUAUGUCCAUUGUUACGUUCGAAUGUACAGAUCGUGACAAGAUGUCCGAAGCCUGGGGAGGAGUCCUAAUGAUUCAGUCCUUUUCUAUGCUUCUCGGAGCUCCCGCGGCGGGGUGGUUAGGUGAAGUGACAGGACACUAUCGCAAUUUGUUUUUUCUCGCUGGUGUACCGACCGUCACUGGAGCUUUCAUAUUUUCUUUGAUACAUUGCGUGAAGGACCCGUUGAUCGAGAGUCAGCAAAAAAGAGCCCUUAUUGUUCCUGAUCAAGAAAAAGAAAUUAUAUUCGUGUAUGACAGGUUAACAGUGGUGUAAAAUAGAUCAGUAACUAUUUAGUUCGUUUUCUACAGCACUUCGCUAUACUGCACUGAAUUUAAUUUCUGCCGUUUGUCAAUCUGAACGAGAGAUCACAAACCGGCUGUACUCUACAAUACCAUUGAUAUUGUGAGGUUUUUUGUAGAAACCAGGGCAGUUUUUUUCCUGGUGGUAGCUAUGGCAAGUGAUAAAUAGAAAAAAAUAAUAACUAAAUUGUUAGCCUUGAGGAAGGACAGUUUUGUAGAAUCGAAUUACGGGAAAGAUUUAAGAUGGAGGCAAGUGCAAAGAGCGAGUCACGCGCAUAUCACGGGCGACCAGCACUGUCUGACUCAUAGCUAUAUUGUACCCAGGUAGUGCAACUUUUAAUAUCUAUAUAUUUUCCGGCAAGAGUAUUUAUUUUUGUUUAUUGGAUAUUUACAGCUUGCACGACUAUAUAUACACAGCCGGGUCGUAAAAUUUAGUGAAUUUAUACUCUUUAUAAUUUAGGACUAUUCUUAAGGGAAUUCGGAAUGUCAUCAUAUUUUGUAGAAAUGAAAGAGAGUAAAUAAUUUUGUAAAAUAAAUAAAAUUGUGCUAUUUUCAUA